GGAGGUGCUGGAGAGUUUCGGCCGGUUGUCCUUCCACUGAGGAAAAAAAAAGAGGGUGUGAGCAAAAUUUACCUGGUCACCGUCACCUGGCGCCGUCCGUGUACAUGUUGUUUGUCGAAUUUCACUUUGACGAAGACGCGAAACGCUGGCUUCGCUCAGGAGUAAGACGGAGAAGGCUUUACAGGAUGCCAAGAACAUCCUGACUCGCAGCACCAGGAUGAGCGUGACAUCAUGGUUUCUGGUCAGCAGCUCGGGCACGCGCCACCGGUUGCCACGGGAGAUGAUCUUUGUCGGCCGGGAUGACUGCGAGCUAAUGCUGCAGUCUCGAAGUGUGGACAAACAGCACGCUGUGCUCAACUACGACCCAAACGCAGACGAGCACAUGGUGAAGGAUCUGGGCAGUUUAAAUGGGACAUUUGUGAAUGACCUCAGAAUUCCGGACCAGACAUACAUCACCCUCAAGCUUUCAGAUGUCAUUCGCUUUGGUUAUGAUGCUCAUGUAUAUAUCCUGGAGAAGAGUCAACACAAGGUGCCGGAGGAAGCUCUUAAACAUGAGAAGUACACCAGCCAGUUGCAGCUCGGUCUCAAAGCCCUGGAGGCCCGGGUGAAGGACAAGCAGCAGGUUCAGAGCCCAGAGAAGAGCAAAGAGACUGUUUCCAAUGUCAAGCUACCUCAGAAGGGUGAACGCAAAGCCCUUUCACUUACAGCUGCUACAGAUACACCGAUAUCCAAGCCAACUCCCCUUUAUGGGCAACCUUCCUGGUGGGGAGAGGAUGAAGAUCCAGCCACUAAAAUCCAGAACCCAAAUGGAAAAUCCACUGACCGACAAUCUCCAGAAUCUGGUAAAGAUAUUUCCAGAUAUGAGCUUGGCAGCUCUUUGUCUGACAAUCAGGGCAAGUCCAUCUUCUCCUAUCGCCGGGAUCCCAGCUACUUUGAGAUCCCCACAAAAGAGUUCCAUCAGCGACCUCCCAAGAAACGAGAUUUGCAAGUUCAGGAGGUUCCAACAAAGGACAUUCAAGAUCCCUCUGACCACGUCCCAUCCACCCCCACGCCUCCUGUGGUCCAAAGCCAUGCCUCCUUCACUAUCGAAUUUGAUGAUUGCACCCCAGGCAAAAUGAAGAUCAAGGACCAUGUCACUAAGUUCUCAUUCCGUCAGCAGCGUAAGCCUCCUCCUGCUGAGGCUGUGACCACGCCCACUGAGGUGAUGUCUGCUGAAAGUAAGGUUGCUGACUGGCUGGUUCAAAGUACUCCUAACAUGACGAGGAGAAGGUCACAGGGAGAAAACAUCUUCAGUGCCAACAGUGAUCCAUCACUUCUGAAGACUAUCAAGUCUACUCACUACGAAAACGGCACUGAAAUUGGUUCAGAAGAUCCCACAAUGAAUGAAAAGACUUUUCUCCAGUCACAAACUCCAGUUGGCACGCAGAUUUCACCUCAGCCUCAGAGAGUCUCCCCUGCACAGCGCUUUGCUGACCCAGAGCAGCCCUCCUCCUGCUCUCCUCCGGAGUCUCAAUCCAGUAGUAGCAAGGCAAAUCCUCACCGAGCCUUUGUCAUAGAAUUCCAUGAUGAACACUCUGAUGAUAACCCCAGAAGGAAACGUUCCCAGACCACCCUGUGUGAGCCUUCAAACCGUAGGGUCCAGCUUGACAAGACAAGGAAAAGCUCAAGUCCAACUGGGGAGAAGCAAGUCCAGCCUCCAGCCUUUAGCACUCCUCCAUCCCAACGGUACACUAUUCCUCUCAAAGCUCCUACUUCCACAGGUUCCCAGAGAACUGGCUCUCUGCGAAGGGAAAAGACAGAGGAACGGUUUAGCACUGGCUUUUCUUCACGGUCAUCAUCUGCUAUUUCUGUAAGGCCUUUUAGCAGUGUGGGCCGAAAAUCCAAACUGGCUAAAGAAUUUACUGCUGAAUGGCUCAAACAGGCAAAGCAGACGUCUUCUUCCAAUGAGGAAAAAAUGGCAUCUAGUCCACAAACAACAGCUGAAACUGAAACAUCGGUAGUCUCACAGCCUGUUCAGACUGUCACUAGUCCCCCUGGAGUUGAUGCUUCCCUUCUUCCCAAGACAUCCUCUCCUAUCCACCAGCCUGUUCCUCUAAUGGUGCCCAAGAUGCCUCUCGUCUGUCAGAGUGGAGAGGUGAAGAUGACCCAUAGCGGCCCUAGAAAGGUAGAAGAGGACACUUUAAGCGAUGCAGGAACCUACACCAUCGAAGCAGAUGUCCCGGAUAAGGAACUUGAAGAGGCACGGAACAAGAUUGAUAAGGUGUUUGGUGUUGUUGACAACCCAGAGCGAACCAACCACAGUGAAGCAGACACAUCAGCAACAUUUAGGCCUGUUAUUGUUGAGGGCAGGGAGCAGCAUAGGCAGAGUAGCAGUGGGGAGGUGAGGCCCGCUCCACAACAAGGAGCAAGUGGGGUGAAGGUUCAAAUAGCAGGUGCAGUGAUGCAGGGGGCUCCAAAAUGGAUGUCUUGCUGGGCGAGCUUGGUAGACGUGGAGUCUGGUCCUUCGUCUGGCCACUUUGAUAUGUUGUCCCACCAGAUGGAGCCGUCAGGAGGCGCACGGAGCACAAUCAUGGCCACACUCAGCCAAAAUCAUGACAGCGUCGGCUCCGAAAGCCCAAGAGCCCGACGCAUCCUGGGUGAGAAGCGUGACGUUCCAGCUCCCAGCAUUCAUAUUCACCAUGAUCCACAUUCAACGUUUGAUGUGGAGCAAAGCAACUUGGUGGCCACUACCUCUCCUGAUGGCAUUCAUAGAUUAUCAGUGCCUGAUGACGUAGAGCCUGAUAGUCUGAGUGAUGCCAGCAAGUCGGAUGAAGGUUCUAUCAUAGAGCAGCAGAGGAGGCCGCUGUCAGACAGAAAAAAUAAGGAUGAGGUAAUACAGGCUGACAAAUCAAAAACGUUCUACAUUGAUUCAGAAGAUGAUACCCCCCAGCCAGAAUAUGGAGCAGCAAACCCUCUCAACAACACUAUUGAAAAGACUGAAAAAAAACGUUCUACCAAAACCUUCUCAACAGCUACUUUGACCAAGCGCAGAGGGAGCCAGGAAUCAGGCAAAGUCAGGCCCAGCAUGUCAACUCCUAUUCUGGUCCAGGAAGCACAGAGCUCUGAGUCCAAGGACAGCUCAAUAUCUUCCUUAGUCAGACAAGAGAGCUUCACAAAGGAGCAGCCGAGCAGUUCCAGACUGCCCAACAUUUCUUCUUAUAGGGACCCUGAGCCUGACUUAUUCCGGCAAACCUGCAGCCAGGACACUCAUUCUUACCUCAAAGAGACCGAGGAUGUUCUGGCUGUUCUGGAGGCCAAGCUCCAAGCAGGCCAAUCAGAAACCACCCCAUCGCCAAUACCGGACUCCCUCUCUGGGGAGUCUGAUGUGGAUUCCUCCAGUACACUCAGCCAGCAGAGCAGUAGGACCAGGUCCAACCCACUGGCCAAAACCCCUCCGCUGACAUCUUCGGCCAGUAUAUCUGGUCACUACUCACACCACCAGUCUUCUGUUACGAACCAUCAACGACUAGAAAAGAGUGAGCUCUCCAGAAGACCAGUUGGACUAAGGCGUAGUUUUGGCAAAUGUGGCUCCGUGGACCUGACUGACGACCCUCACAGCUCCGGUGUUCUGUACUCUGAUCAGGAGUCAAACUCAACACAGGCCCGGAAAAAGUAUACCGUGCCCCUUAAGCGGGAGGAUACCAAGAUUUCAAGGGUGACCCAAACUUUGAACCGUGUCAAUAGCUUUUCAGCGCCAAGACCCACCCGGGCAUCCAUGCUCCGGCGAGCCCGCCUUGGUGAGGCCUCUGACAAUGAGACCACAGAGACAGACAGGCUCUCCCAGGAGGCGGUUAACGUCCCUGCUAAGGAAACCAAAAAACUCUCCAGGUGGGAUAUGCUGGCUAUGCCUCGCCGGCGGACAAGCUCCUUCCACACACCCAGUGACACGGAGAACUCCUCCGCUUCACAGUGGGGAGGAAAGAGCACAGGAUUCCCAAACCGUAAUACAGAGUCUGGAAACAACUCUGUUUACAAGACAAAACCCGUCGAAAGGCCGUUGAAGCCCUCCCUCACAAAGACACCCAUCACUCGUGGACGCUCCAGCAGUGCCAAAUAUGCCAGCAGCACAGCAAGCUCCCGGAGACGACAGAAGGGUUCUGGCUAUAUCUCCACAUCAGAUGAGGAGUACGACUCCAAUCAAAGCUCUGCUAAACACAAACGCUCCCAACCUUCCUCAGCCUCCCACAGUCCGCACCGGCCGCCUCGGCCCCAUCCGGUGGUCCCGCUGCACCUCAAACCCCCCAGCAAGGAUUCUGAGGAGGAGAACCAGGACAGGGAGGGCUUUAACAACUGGUCCACCCACAGUGCUGAGAUUGCACGCUUGAGUCAGGAUCUGGCCAAAGAUCUCGCCAUCUUGGCCCGAGAGAUUCAUGACGUCGCAGGAGAAGGUGACCCUCAGAACUUGACGGUGGAGAGUAGCGUACCCGUUUCUGCAGUGACAGCUCACGAAAAGCUUGUUCAACAUAUACCGGAGAUGGGAUUGAACUAUCAGAGAGUCCCGCCGAGUCUUUCUUCAGCAGCAGAACCUUACCUUAACUCAAGUGACCAGGAUCCGAACUCCACCCUGCAACCUCACAGCAGAGAGGAGGUCGCUGUGGAGGACCCUAUGCUGAAUCCAGUGUCUCAGGUCAUCAUGGCCAUCAGAGAGAACACGGAGCAGCUUUCUGAGAAGAUCAAGGUGCUGUUUCAUGAUAAAAUGGAUGUUUGGGAACAAAUAGAAGCUGAAGUUAAUUCCAACAGUGAUGGUCCUGUUGUCAAAGCAUCCAACAAGGAUAUUACUUCUAUUUUGAAAGAAUUAAGGAGAGUUCAAAGACAACUUGAGGUCAUAAAUACAGUCAUGGAGCCCAGUUGGCAGCCGGACGCUCGGUCCUCUGAGCCUGAGGUCACCUCGCUAGGGGUUCGCUCUUCCAGACCUGCGGCCUCUCGGGACUGGAGAACAGUCCACUCUGCCUCCAAGCGAGGAGGCGGUCGCAGGCCCGGUGAGAGCGUGCGGAGGGCUGCCGUGACGCCAGACGAUCUCAGGGAGGGACGCUUGGUUUGACAUCAGGGUCUGUUCGGCCUGAACGUCACAAAUGCAGGUGUCGCGCUUUGAAGGAAGGAAGUGAAAAUGAGCACGAUGGAAAAGUGGAAGUGAUACUGACUACUGAAAUACAUUAAAACACCACAGAGAUGCAACACGCAGUCUGAGAAGAGGACUUUCUGAAUAAGUUUCAUCAUCAAAAUCCCUCAACACUACUUGAUUGUGUGUGUUAUUUGCCAGUAAGUUGACCAAUACAGCUGACUGUUUUUCAAGCUUGAUCAGAAUGAAUUGGGGGGGGGGGGCAAAAAAAAAAAAAAAACAAGGAAUCAACUCAGGGAACCAGACUAAAAUUUGUUUGUGUUCUUUGAUAAAUCACAUUGUGAAAAUAAGGUUAGUUUUAAGCUUGUGCAAUUCUCUUGCUUGUAUUUUUCCUUUAUAAAUGUUCUUUCAUGUCUAUGUCAACUAUUUAUAUUUUGUAAGACAAUCAUGUUUUGUCUCCCGGAUGUCAUGUUGGGGAGAUAGUGGACGAUGCAAUCACAUCAGUUAUUCCUUCCAAAUGAAUAAAAGGAAAGUAACCUAAUAACACAAGUGACUGUAAAACUUGAGCUGUAAUGCAUUAAAUGUGCUGUUGUUUCUGA